AUUGAACUCCGUAGUAAAUCAUUUUAUGUACUCGCUACACCAGACGGACAGCGUCAUUCGCUUUGGCAACCAACAAAGUACAGUCUUGUUAUGGCACGUGACACACGCAACAAUAGUAGAAACGUAAGGCUACUAUGUGAUUACAUACUGGUAAAAGUAUGAUAAACCAAACUUGAUCAAGACAUGUUCCAGAGCACUUCCAUCAAAAAACAAAUUGAAAUUUUUACAUCUAGAGGAAAUGAAUACCUUGCUCAAGCUGUAAAAUCAGGUCAGAAGGAUGCAUAUGCCAAGGCAAUUCAGGAGUUUGUUACAUCCUACAAAUUUGCCCUUCUGCUCAACUCAAAAGAUGGAAUGGAACAAAUUUGUGCAUUCAAUCUUGGAGCCGCACAUAUAGCAGGUGGCGAUACAGCACGUGGCAUCAACGUUUUACAUACUGUGCUUGAACAUGAAACUUUUGUUAAAACACCUAGUAUUCUGCCAAAUUCACAGUCAGAAAAGGGAGACGUUUAUUUCAAUCUUGCUAUUGGAUACGAAAAAAUAGGUGAUAUUGAAAAAGCUUCGAAAUUUUAUCAGCUUGCAUUGCUGGCAUAUGGAAACAAUGAAAAAAAUCAACAAAAAGCAGCGGAAACUAACUUGAAACUCGCUAAUAUUUAUAAUAAGCAAAAUGAACUGUCUGAAGCCAGAAAACAUUUUUUGCAUGCAUCAGAUAUAUAUCAAAAACUCCAAGAUACUGAAAACAUGGUCCUUGCUCUUAUAUGCCAGGCAAAUGCUGCAGUAUCCGAUAGUACAGUGAGUAGAGAAGAAUGUAUAAGAUUGCUUGGUAGUUGUUGCAAGAAGUCUGCUGCUCUGAAGCAUGCUAAUUUACAAGGGAAAAUACUAUGCGAAGUUGGACUGAUGUAUGCAACACUUAGUUGUCUAAAUCGUGCCUUAUUAUGUUUCGAAAAAUCCAUCAGACUCUGCAAUAAAAAUACAAAUCCAAGAAGGCGAGCGAUUGCACUACAGAACUCUGGUGCAAUACUUAAUUCAAUGGGUUUUUAUGGUGAAUCAAUUCCAAGGCAUUCUGAGUCUGCACAAAUGCAUGGAUUACUUGGUAACAGAAAUGCACAAGGACAAAGUUUUUGCAAUUUAGCAUUUGCACAAAGUCAACUUCAAAUGUAUGAAGAAGCUUCAGAAUCCUAUUUACACGCAUUACAAGCUUUCAGAGAUACAGAAGAUAAACAAGGUCAAUGGCAAUGUCAUGAAGGGCUUGGAUCUAUUGCAUUCAACAGUGGAAGUCUGGACAAAGCAGUUGAGCAUUUUACAUUUGCUGUUUCUAUUCAGACGCAGAAAGAUAGUCUUGAAUCGAGAAAAAGGAUUGUAGGAAAGUUAACAAAUGCCAUUGAAAUGAGAGCAGAUAAAAAAAUAGUUUCACCAAAAUUGCAAUUAGCAAUAGAAGAAAACAAGGAGAAAAAUGAAAGCAUGAACGAUGACAACAUCUUAGCUUUGUCACCUAUCAUAUUACACAAUGAUUCGGUGGAUGGAAGAAAAUCCCAGAAAAGUGCUCAUACUCGGCAUCGUAAGAAAAAGAAAAAAAGUUUAGUUAGAGGUCGAAGAAGAUAUUCUGAUGAAAAUGACAGACCUGUUCAACAUAUUGCAAGAGGAAUCUCAAACUUGACACAAAACAGCAACCCAUUUAGUAAUCGAUCUUAUAUAGAAAAUGAUGGGUAUAGCAGCGGUGGUUCUACUGCAUCAUCAGAAUUGAGGGCUGUAUUUGAUAUGCCCAGAUCGGGAAUCUUCGUUCCUUCUUCUGAAUCUUCUUCUGAAGAUGAAUAUGAAAAAGCUCUCACUAAACCUAAAAACCGAAGAAGAAAGUUGCGAUAUUUGGUGGAAGCGUCAACUAUGCCGAUCAACGCAUUAACUGCAAAUUGUGAUAAAGAUACACAGAAGCCAGAUUCUGCUGAUUCAACACCAAGAACUGAACGGAAUAGUGAUGGUAAUCUGACACAAGUAUACAGAGAUCAAUUGAAUAAAAUCGAAGAAAAGGCUGAUGAAGAAGAUUUCACAAGCGUCACUUCGCGAAGUACAGACAGUAGCGAAUCUAGUAGUAGUGAAGAUGAGGAAUUGCUAAAAGAAUUUGCAACCUCUUCCAAAAAGGUUGCACCUAUAAAGCCUGUAAGAGCAUAUGCGAAGAUUGCAACCAGUAACAGAUCACCUCUUGCAGCAGCUUAUGUCAAUGAUGAUCAACCUCUAUAUACUCAAAGUACAAAAAAGAAUCCAAAAUUGAAUGGAACAGAUGAAAUGACAUAUUCUACACACAUAUACGAGUCUAUAAAAACGGCAAAUAUGGCUUCGCCACCUGAACCUAACUCGAUACAGAAAAAAGAGGAAACAAAUCUAUCUCCAGAUAAACUUUCUCCUGAAAUAAAUCAAGAUGAAGAUUCAAAUUCUGGUGAUGAAAUACGACCACUAUCUGCAUUAUAUUCAGAAAAGAAAGUUGAAGAAUCAAAUACCGAACCAACCAGCAGCAGUAUUCCAGAUCCUGUUAUUUCUAGUCCAACAAGUAUUGUUCACACAUAUGACCCACCAGCAUCAUACUCUUCAUCAUCUGGAGCAGUUGUUAAUAUGCAGAAUCGCCCUUUGCCGGCAGAAUCGACAACUGCAACCAAAGGCAAGAAUUCAAAACGAAAAACGAAUCAAUCACGCGCUUGCAGUAUCAUGUGAAAUUUCUAUUAUUAAAUGAUGUUUAAGUUUUGGAAAAUGCAGCAUUUUAUACAAUUGAAACUUUGUCUCGUAUUUGUAACAAUUAAGUAUUUUUUAAUCUUGAAAACAUUUAUGACUUUAUUGUAUUAAUCACUGUAUUUUACGAAAUUAUUUCUCAUCGUUAUGCACUGUACCAAUUAUUUUCAUUGUUUGCAGUUUAUUUUUAAUAUCUGUGUAUUUCUAAUAAAGUUAGAUCGUAUUUGGUUUAUAAUGA